AGAGAUCUAAAGAGUAUUUUCUUGGUUUGAAAUACGAUGGCUGUUCAAUAUAUAAUGUGUAUUGUACGAUAUCCAGAUUAGAUUACAGAAAUGCAUUGCUUUAUGGUGUUCAUUUUCAACCCACCAUCAAACUUCAGAGGGCACAAAACACAGCUGCAAGAUUAAUAACACGCUCAAAAAAAUCUUACCAUAUUACUCCUGUUCUAAUAGAUCUUCAUUGGCUUCCAGAAUUCAAUGUAAGAUACUUCUUCAUACUUUCAAAUCUCUCAACAACCUAUCUCCAGUUUACAUAAAGGAUAUUCUUACAGUUUACAAUCCCACACGUUCACUAAGAUCCGAAUCUCUGCAUCUUCUCCAGGUUCCUCGGACACGUACGAAAACAUAUGGGGAUCGACAUUUGGACAAGGCUGCAUUGGGACUCUCUGCCUUUUAAACUCAGACAAUGUACUUCACUGUCUAGUUUUAAAGUGGACCUCAAAACGCAUCUUUUUAGAUUAGCUUUUAAUUUGUGAUUAUUUUUAUAUACUUAGUGCUCUUACAUACAGCUCUUACAGUAAAAAAAAAACCUGUAGUUUGUUAUUAUACCUAUGUCCUUUCUAUGUAUUUAAUUAUUCCUAAGGGUUGUUUUAGAUUGUUUUAUAUGUUAUUAAGGUAAUCAUAUUACAUUAGGUGCUAUAUAUGAAUAAUAAUAAUUAUGCAUUUUAAUUCUGACACUUUGAAUAUUUUAUUCACAUGUAUGUGCACAUCGAUUUUAUAUUAUCUUUUCUUUCACAUUUGUAAAGCGCUUUAGAGAACUAAUGUUGAUAAGGCGCUAUAUAAAUCAUUACAAUUACAAUCUCAAAAUCAUUUGACUCAAAUAGUGAAAUGAACAUUACCAUCCUUCAAAGUAUUCUCCGCGGUUUGAAAUACAUAAUUUCAAUCUCUAAAUCCAUUUCUGAAAUGUGUCAUGGUACGCUGAUUUAGAUAGACCUCUGAGGCACUGACUGAUGGCUGAGCCAAGGGCUUGUCAGGACUUGUAACGACGACCAGAUAAGAACUUUCUAAGUUUUGGAAAAAGGAAAAAGUCGCAUGGAGCUAGAUCUGGAGAGUAUGGUGGGUGUGGCAAGACAGUAACCUUCUCCAACUUCAAAAAUUGCUUCACAAGCUCAGAUGUAUGUGAUGGAGCAUUAUUAUGAAGUAGAUGAACAUGCCUAAAUCCUGACACUGGGCGUCGUUUAUGAUAAUAUUUUUUUAGCUUUUUUAGUAUAACAUUUCAGUAAUACUGACCUGUAACACUUUUGCCCUUCAGCACCGAAAUGUGUAUGGCUAUACCAUCACAUGAGAGGAACCUUCUUUGUGCUGAUGAAAGGUGAAGAUAACGAUCAGUGAUCAAUCUAGCAAUACAAAAUAGAUAGUUGGGCAAACAUGGACCACUGGACACACCAGAGGUGGGAUCAGGUGCCUAGGAGGAGUAAGCAUCCUCUGUCGACCGGUCACACCCGCCGUGAACCCUAUAUCCUGAUCAGGCAUAUUGUUAUGGGAUUGACCACAUCACGUGUACCGACAACAUUAGGCCAUCCUCAAGCCAAAUACGUUCAGCAGGUCAUCUCGCAAAACUGUGUGGUCAUCUUCUCCAAGACAACAUGCCCCUUCUGUGUGCAGGCAAAGCAGAUAUUCCAGAACAUUGGGGUUCCAUUCGCAGCAGUAGAGUUGAACCAGCAUCCUGAUGGUUCAGAAAUACAAAACUACUUAGCGGAUGUAACCAAAGCCAAAACGGUACCCAGGAUUUUUAUAAAUGGAGACUGUGUUGGUGGGGCUUCUGAGACAAAAUCUCUACAUAAAUCAGGACAACUGCUGGAAUUGGUUGGCAAGUGCUAUAAUCCCCAAAUGGAACAGAUUAGGUCAUGAUACAGAUUAAGGACAAUGUUCCUUUACGUGAUUUACAAAUGUUGAUUUUUAUUUAUCAUUCUGUUACUUGUAUAAUUGUAUCUUGUGUAGGAGUAAAAUGAUUAAAACUU